CCAACAUUCAACCUUUGAAGUUUGUAGCUCAAUUUCUCUUCGACGUACCCAUCCUACAUUUUUAUCUUACCUUUAUUGGUUGGUUAUGGCAACAUCCCAUCAACUACCCAACAAUGGUAAAGCUUCCAACAGGGAGACUGAAAAAAUAUAUGCCAAUAUGGAUUGGGACAAACUUACAUGUGGAGUGAUUCCAACUGAUUAUAUGUACAUAAUUAAAUCCAAUGAAGACCGAACCUAUUCAAACGGUACUCUCGUGCCUUUUGGAACCAUUGAUAUCAACCCACAUUCUGCUGUUAUAAAUUAUGGACAGGGAUUAUUUGAGGGCAUGAAGGCUUACAGAACAAAAGACGGCAAUGUGCAACUAUUCCGACCGGAAGAAAAUGCGCUGCGCAUGCAGAUGGGAGCAGAGAGGCUGCUGAUGCCAUCACCUUCUGUUGAGCAGUACAUUGAUGCUGUAAAACAAGUUGUUCAUGCAAAUAAACGUUGGGUGCCUCCUUGGGGAAAAGGAACAUUGUACAUUAGGCCUUUACUAUUUGGAAGCGGACCUGUUCUGGGUAUUGGACCAGCACCUCAAUGCACCCUCUUAAUAUUCACUAAUCCAAUUAGCAACAUUUACAAGGGACAAACAUCAGCCUUGAAUUUGUUGAUUAAUGAAAACUUUCCUCGUGCAUAUCCUGGUGGAACUGGUGGAGUAAAAAGUAUUAGUAAUUAUCCACUUGUUUUCCAAGUUGUAAAAGAAGCAAAAGCCAAAGGAUUUUCCGAUGUGCUUUUUCUAGAUGCAGUGGAACAUAAAUACAUUGAAGAGGUAUCUUCGUGUAAUGCUUUCAUUGUGAAGGGUAAGGUUCUUUCAACUGCACCUACACUUGGAACUAUUCUUCCUGGAGUCACAAGGAAAAGUGUCAUUGAACUUGCACGUGAUUUGGGUUACGAGGUGAUGGAACGCAAGGUCUCGGUAGAAGAACUGCUUGAAGCUGAUGAGGUUUUCUGCACUGGAACUGCUGUUGGGAUUUCUGCUGUUGGAAGUGUAACAUACAAGAAUAAAAGUGUUACGUUCAAAACAGGGGCAGAUACUGUGACUAAGAAGUUGUAUGAUUUGAUUACGGGCAUCCAGACAGGUCUCUUGGAAGAUAAGAAAGGAUGGGUGGUCAAGAUUGAUUGAGCUACAUUCUAAAUGUUUGUUGGUCCCAGCUCAACAUAAUUCUAAACUACUAAAUACUCCGGAUUGAGUAUAAUAUAAUAAUGACAUAAGCUUGUUUAUGUCACACAAAAAAUAUAAGCUCGUCUUGGAGAGAAAAAUAAGAUAAUAUAAGUAUAUGGUGUGUUUGUUAAAAUCACAAUGAAUCAUCGUGAUUUUGUAAAAAUUAUAUAACAAAAUUACGAUGGUUCAACAUGUAUUAACAAAUUAAUGUAAUAUCAAACAUGCUCUAAAUAA